AUGGUGCGCACGGACUCGUCCAUUCCGAUUGCUCCUGUCUUGUCUGUCGGAGUACCGGACUGCGGAGUCCAAGACGCUCCGUAUCCGGUCGCUAUGCACGACCUGCUGUCCGUUGAGUUUCUUUCCCGUUUCGGUCGCCCACUGUGGUUUGCAUUUUCCAGACACUUUGAUGAGAGCUACAAACAACAAGGUCACAAGGCCCUUACCGCUAUAGCCACCAGCAAGUUGAUUGGAAAAUCGGACCCGGGUCUUGGAGUGCCCGCAGCCGUCAUGGUCGUCGCUUGUGUGAGGAUAACCCCGUCCAUUCAGUUGGCAGAACAGCUCGUAUGCAGUCACAUGGCUACACUGCUCCAUGUGUCGAAGAACCGAGAGCUACUGUACGUGGCGUACGG